CGGGAGCAACCUCCCCCGAAAUGCUCCUCCUGAACCUGGUGGUCUUCUCCUCUCAUCAUCGUCCCUGCCUGCUCCUCCUCCUACCUUCCCUCCUCCUCCUUAUUACAACCAAAUUGACCUCGCCGCCCGCCGGGCCGCCGCCGCAUCCUCCUCCCCGCUCCCGCGUUCGUCGCGCGAGGCGCUGCCGCGGGCUCACGGCUCACGCCACCGCCGCACCAACCCCGUCCUCGCCUGACCUCGCGCCGCCGAACCCAUCUCCCCAGGCCUCUCUUCCACCGAGGCGCGUCGCGUCAAAUUCCUGCGUCACCGUCGUCCUCGUCGUCAACAUCAUUAUCCUCGCUGGUGGUGCUGGACUCCCGUGGAGAGCAGAUCCACCCGAGCUCGGGUUGGUUUCUUCCUCUGCUGUAGUGUCAGUAACUGAACCAAAUCAGUUUUCAAGAGCAAGUAUCUUGAUUGUCAUGGAAGCUGGGAGAAUGGAUCAGCCUUGCAUGGCUGCUAUCAAUAGCCAGCCUUUGGUGGCUGAUGUUGAAGCAGUGAAGAAAUCCAGCGGGGACAUGCCUACGACAAUGGGAAGCGGAUGCUUUGACUGCAACAUUUGCCUUGAUUUUGCAGCAGAACCUGUGGUUACCCUCUGCGGUCACCUCUACUGCUGGCCUUGUAUCUAUGAAUGGCUGCGCCCAGGGGUGGAGUCGACUGCCAGCGACAACAGCAGUUCAGCAAGGCGGCAGUGUCCCGUAUGUAAGGCAACACUCUCCCCAGACACGCUAGUGCCACUAUAUGGCCGUGGAGGGAGCUCGAAGAAAUCGCUGAAUGGUGUGGCCAUCCCGCGCCGUCCCAUGGUGCACCGGGAGACAGUUGAGCAUCAGAACGCACAGAGCAAUGUCGAUGACCAGCAACACCACCAGAGCAUGGAAGCCAACCCUCUGCAUCAGCCAUUGCAGCACGCACACUACCGCCCCAAUCCCGCUGGGUUCGACUUCAUCUACCCUCCUGCACCACUAGGACGUGGCUUGAUCCACUCAACUGCUGGAGGGGUGCUUGGAGGGAUGGCGGAGGCCGUGCUCCCGUUAGUGCUCCGUGGCCAGCUGCCUGCAAGCUUGUACUACACGAGCCCUUACCAUGUCGCUGCACAGAACGUGAACCCCAGGCAGAGGCGGCACCUGGAGAUCGAGAGGUCCCUGCACCAGAUCUGGUUCUUCCUCUUCGUGUUCGUGGUGCUGUGCUUGCUCUUGUUCUGAGACAAAACUGUGUUCUGUGCACCUAUCUGUAGAUAUCGAAAGUGGGAGGGGGGAUACUAAUGGAUGAUGCGUAUAGUGAAGAGGGUAAUGGUCUGUGUCGAUAAGCAUGUGCGUAAGCAUGCUGGUAUAGAGUUGUAAUAUGACAGACAUGGAGGUGGAAUGCAUACUUCUUGAUGUCAGGAGCUGUUGCCUUUUUCUUGCUUCCCUGGCCGGCCUGUCACCAUCGGCUUGUUAAGUUCCGUACCUUACCUAUCGGCAUGAUUAGUUAGCAUCAUGCUGUUCACUGGUCGGUGUCACUGCAAAGGGCUCUUUGAUUUUGUAUUUUGUAUAUAAAUCGAAAAUGAUGUUUGGCUACCAA